AUGACAGCCGUCAUUUUAUUUUUGAGUGUUAUUCAAAUGACAGUGAUUGGUAUGUCUGAAUGGCCGUAUAUGCAAAAAUUAGAUUCGUUAUCAACCGCAACAUUUUUUGGCUAUGUAUCGGCAAUUUCUUCGUUUGGUCAUGCUUUUUUUGCGCCAAUUAUGGGUUAUUGGGGUUCAGCAACCGGAUCAAUCAGAUGGCCACUGAUAGCCGGUCGCGUAAUUGCACUUAUCGGAUGCGCCAUUUAUAUUUGUCUAGAAAUGUUCACAUCGGAUCGUCGUUAUAUAAUGCUUAUUUGCUAUGCAUUCUUUGGCAUUUCAAUGGCAUCGAUGAGCGUUCUUCGUGGAUAUAUUGCACGAAUAAGUACAGUUACAGAUCGACCAAAAGCAUGCAGUGUAUUUAGUUUAGCAAUGGUUUCUGCAGUUUCCGUUGGACCAGUAUUCCAAUUGCUAUUUACACCAUUAUCUUAUCCGGGAUGGAAUAUAUUUUCCGACGUUAUCCUGCUCAACAUUUAUACCGGGCCAAUUUAUGUGGCUAUUUUUGCCAACGUUGCCAGUCUAGUCAUUAUUUUGUGCUUUUUUAAAGAAGUUCCUAGACGUACUGAACGCCAACCAGGUUUACAACGAAGACCAUCAAAAGCUAAGGCCGCGCUAACAACCGACUUAAAGACACUGAAUUUAUGUUUGGUAGCCCUUUGUAUAUUUGUUCGAAUGGCUGUACAGUUGUCAUUUGUCACAAUUCAUACGACGAGUUCACCUUUGAUGAUGUCUGUUUUUGGUUGGAGCAAUACAAAAACUGUCAAAGUUUCAUCUCUUCUCCAGUCCUCGGUUGGUCUUUGCAGCUUAGCAAUAUUCAUUGGAUUCGCCACGGGCCGGCUGUCGAAAGUGAUUUCCAUGAGAUUUGCCACUUUUUUGUCAUUAUUACUGUUUUUGGCCUUCUAUCUUAUCACAUUCCCUUGGCCACUACCUGGGUCAACGAUUACUCUUAAGAACGAAACCCUAAAUAUCACCGGAUGUGACAUUGAGGCUUACAAAUGGUGCGCAACGUCAACGGCAGUUAGUCCUUACAUUUAUGUCCUUGCUACCGUUACUGUUCUGGGAAUUGCACUUUCAUUUGCGACACUUUCCGUAGAUACAAUCUAUUCUUUAGUUCUUGGCAAAAUUGACCAGGGUACUAUGCAAGGCGUCUUUCUUUUUUCCAUGGAUGCUAUCAGUAUUUUAGGGCCGCUAUUAAUCGCGCCCAUGUUCGAAAAAACAGGACAGAAAUAUGUCUGGAUACUUGACGGAUCAGUAAUGGGUUCAGUUGCUUUGCUUUGGCUACUAAACUAUCAAAAGAUACCAAAAGCAAAGACAACGUAA